AUCUAUUUCUGUGUGAAACCAUGGACCAAGUCUUACCAAACAUUCAUUUGUCGAAUUCGAAAGUUCAUUAGAGUUAGGUGGAUGCAGCUACUAAACAUGAUAACUGUAGAUAACUCCAAUCAAGGGGAGAUAAACGAUUAUAUAGUAUCAAGCUUGUACUAAUUACCAGAAUUUCCGGGAUGACAGCUUGGGUUCACAAAUGGCAUUGACAUAUACUAAUAUUUGAACAAGUAUUCGUCAACUUAACAGUUAGUUUAACUUAAUAAAGACAGCUUGUAGGUUGUCAGAUAUGUGAAACUGGCAUUUUCUUAUAAUUAUUUUGGGAGUACUACUAGUGAUCAUACAACAGGCUCUUCUUUAUUCUGAUGUCCUACUCGCAACUCCUGGCUGGUGCUUAGUCAAUUAUUAGUAUCAAUAUCAAUAACUAGCACCUUGAUUAGGUACAUGGUUGAAGCUUUUUUGUAUAUCAUUUUAAAAUGAAAAUGCACAAAGUAUCUUAUACUGAUACGAUAGUCCUGAAACGGCUUACAGUUUGAUUCUUCAUUUUAUAGAUAAAAAUACGCCAAAUAUAGAUUUUGGGCAGGAAAUGGAAGGAAAAAGUGUUGUUGAAGUCUACUAGGCUAUUAUAACAAUCAAAUUUUGAACAUAUUUAUCACGAAAAUUCAACAUAUUACAGCUCGAGUUCAAAAUUAACACUGUGAUACAUCAUUUUCUUGUAAAAAAUUAGCAAAUCUGUCAGUAGAUUUUGUCAACUAAUAAGGUUGUUAGAGAUGAUGGUGGCCUUUUUGGACCUCUGUGGUAUUGUUUAUUCGGACUUCCUCCUCUUAAGUACCUGGCCACAUGUAGCAUGUGAAUUCCAGAAUAAAAAUUGCUGCAGUAAGCAGGCCCUUGUUCCAGAAAAAAAUUGCUACGAGUAAUUGUGAUUUGAUCCCAGGUAUAUAUAUACACACAUACAUAUAGCUACGAAUGCUUUUAAAUUUAAUAGAUAAUAAUGGGUACAGAUACUUUGUAUGCUGCUGCUAUUGCCGGAGAUGCUGAUGCCAUAGCUCAACUGGCGACGAAAGCAGAUCGACUGAACUUAAAGGGAGAAACUAUCCUCCACACUGAAUCCAGAAAUGGAAAUGCAGAACAUGUGCGAUUUAUUUUGAGGGAGUUUGCAGACAAAAAUCUUUUGAGCAAGCUUUGUGAGAGUAAAUAUACUGCACUUUCGACUGCAAUUGACCAUGGACGAACUGAAGUGGCUGGGAUCCUAAUUGAUGCAGCUCGACAAUGGCCAAUAAAUUCCUUUCAAGAUUUUCUUAGGUUAGGUAAUUAUUGGAUGGAUACUGCAUUACAUAUAGCAGUUACUAGGAAAAACGUGGAUGUUGUUAAGUUAUUAGUAGAGGCCGAUCCAAGUGAUACACAUACACACAACAAAGCAGGUGAAACACCAAUGUACAUAGCUGUGAAAGCAGGGUUCAACGAUAUAGCUGAAAUAAUCUCUACAACUUGCUCAGCUCCAUAUUUGUACGGACGUUAUGGUAGUAGUGCUGUGCUUAUUAAGAAUGUCGACCACGCUGACAGCUCUGGUGGAACCCUGUAUGAAAUUAUGAAUAAAGAUGCUCUGUAUGUGGCUGCCAUUGCCGGAAAUGCUGGUGCAAGAGCUGCACUAGAGAUGCAAGCAGAUAAGGUGGACAAUGUGCAACCUAUCCUUCAAGUUGAAUCAAGUGAAGGAAAUACAGAACAUGUGAGAUUCAUUUUGAGUGAGUUUGCAAACAAAAAUCUUUUGACCAAGCUUAAUUCAAUUAAUGAGACUGCACUGCACUGGGCAGCAUAUAAAGGACACACUGAAGUGGCUGAGAUCCUCAUUGAUGCAGCUUCACGUUUGCCUCCUUCAGAUGAUGAUAGUCAAGUUACUUCUUCUCAAGCUUUCCUUAGGCAAGCUGAUAAACAUUUAAGAACUGCGUUACAUAAUGCAGUUAUGAAGGAUAAUGUGGCCAUUGUUAAGCUAUUACUCGAGGCGGAUCCAAGUGAUACACAUUCAAAAAAUGAUUGGCAUUUCACACUUAAGGGUCAUUAAGCCAUAUAUAGUAAUCAAGCAACACUACUACAAAUUUGCUAAUACACAUCAGUUAAAAACUGAUGUCCCAGAGAAUUGUAACUGAUGUUACUGUGGGCGAUGUUAAAGGUACCUAUUUUUAACAUCAGUUAAUAACUGAUGUCUAUUGUCGGAUUUAACAUCGGUUUUGUACACCCAAAUGAUGUAUAUUAUACUCUUUGAC